AUGGGUGCUUCACGCAAAUGGGGCUCAUGUUCACGUGAUUGUCUUUGUCGGUCAAAAAUUUAUUUUUUAGAACAUAAAGGAAUUCAUCGUGUAGCAUUCAAUUUCAAACAUUGGUGUGUUUAUUUAUACGUCCAAUGUGAAAUACAUGGACAACAACGAUGGACAGUUGAAAAAGAAUUCAAGAAGGAUCAUGCUGCACAAGAUAAUCAAUGUUUUUGGAAUAAUUGUGUUGUUAUGUGGUGUGGGCAUUAUGAUUCGUUUCUUUGUACAGAAAAAGCUCGAUGCAUAAGUAAUCAACCAUUGAAUGUUGCAUAUAAUGUGGCAAUCACCUGGUCGAGCAAUGGAUAUAAUUGGAUGAAUGAUAAUUGUGCGACAUUUGCCAACGAUUAUGAUCGUCGAUUACCGUUCUAA